AUGCUCUUUCUGCAGGAGAAGUUACAAAUGGGAGGCGACAACCUCACCUCCACUCAUGAAUUCAUCUUGGUGGGACUCUCCAAUGACCGCGAGACACAGAUUCUCCUCUUUGUGGCCAUUCUCCUCAUCUACUCAUUUUCUCUCGUGGGGAACCUUGGAAUCAUGCUCGUACAAAAAGACUCACAACUCCACACCCCCAUGUAUUUCUUCCUCACACACCUCUCAAGCCUGGAGAUUUGCUAUGUCAACAGCACCAUACCCCAGAUGCUGGCUCACCUUCUCAUGGGUCAUGCAGAAUUGUCCUUAAUCCAUUGCGCGUUACAGAUGUAUGCAGCUUUGUCUCUGGGUUCUGCUGAAGCACUUCUGCUGGGGGUCAUGGCCUACGAUCGUUACUUAGCCAUCUGCCAUCCCCUGACCUAUGCCACUGCCAUGGGAAGAUGGCAUCAGUUGAAACUUGCCUCGAUCUGUUGGGUAGGUGGCUUUUGUGUUGCUGUCGUAUGUGUAAGCCUCACCUUUAGCCACCCCUUUUGUGAUCCCUGCUGCAUCAACCACUUUAUCUGUGAGAUUCCAAAGGUGUUGAAAGUAGCAUGUGAUGACACCCGCAUGACAAAAUUUAUAAUUUUUUUGUUUGCAGGGAUGAUUAUCCUGGUACCCUUUUCCAUUAUCUUGAUCUCCUAUGGGCUCAUUUUGUUUUCUGUGUUCCACAUGCGGUCAUCCACUGGACUGCGCAAGGCCUUCUCUACAUGCGGCUCCCAUUUAGCAGUGGUCAUCAUGUUCUAUGGGGGAACCACCUUCACCUAUCUUAUACCUGAGUCAGGAAGAUCUCCUGACACUGACAAGCAAAUUGCGGUGUUUUAUGUUGUGGUCACCCCCCUUCUAAACCCUAUAAUUUACACCCUGUGGAACAAAGAUGUCCAUGAGGCGAUGGCGAAGUUCCUGCGAAGAUUGGGAUUUGCUAAGAAAAGCUGA